UGUCGAGUCAACCUUGGAUACAAAUGUCCCUGAACAACUGCAUAGAUCAUAGAACGUACCUCAAUAGCCUAUUUGAAGAUGAAUAAACUCCCAAAAUACUCCGAGCUCCCCCUGAACAAAGACGACCCCUUCAGGUCAGCUUGGGGGCUAUAUGGUAAAGAUGAUCAAUUAGGCUUUCUGAAUCGACUUACAGAUGAGGUGGUGCUCGAGGCAGCUAAGGAAAUAAAGACAGGGAAGAGAAUCUCCCUCAACUGGCCCUUAGACGCCCAGAAAGACAUCCCUUUCUUCGGCCGCCAAACCUUCCACAAACACGUCUACGCAAAGCCCCCAAGAACCGUGAACGACGACACAUGGUCUUUCAACACCCAAAGCAGCAGCCAAUGGGACGGCCUCCGACACUUCGCGUACCAAAAGGAAGCCGAAUUUUACAAUGGCGUCACCAUGUCUGACAUCCACGAGCAUUCAGCCUCAAAUAUCAACGGCAUCCACGCCUGGUCCGAACAUGGCAUCGUAGGCCGCGGCGUCCUCCUCGACUACCAUGCCUGGCGCACCGCAAACAACAUCCCCUACGAGCCCUUCCAAGCCGGCACGAUUCCUCUCGCACAUCUCAAAGCCGUCGCCGAAGCUCAACGUGUCUCGUUCAAGUUCGGCGACAUCUUGAUUAUCCGUUCAGGGUACAUGGUCGCGCACGACGCGAAGCGGCGCGUAGAGCUGCAGAGCUUGGCGAAGAUAGUGCCGCCGACCUUCUCGGGGGUGGAACAGAGCGAGGAGGUGCUCGAAUGGAUUUGGGAGAAUUUUGCGGCGGUGGCAGGGGAUCAGCCUAGUUUUGAGUGUUGGCCAUCACAAACCCAUUUCUUGCUCCAUGAGGUCCUACUUGCAGGAUGGGGCUGUCCGAUCGGCGAAAUGUUUGACUUGGAGGCAUUGGCUGAGCAUUGUCAGAAGACUGGGCGAUAUACUUUCUUUGUCACGAGUGAAGUCUGUAAUGUACCUGGAGGGGUGGCUUCCCCACCAAACAUACUAGCAAUAUUCUAAUUAAUUGCACAAUAUCUAUCCAUCAAUGAACCAUCUUCGAUUAUCAUGUAGUUAU